AUGUCGGACCCUUCAACUUCCACUCUCCUCCGCCUGUCCGGGCUUCCCGUCUCGCAACUCCCCGCCCCCUCCGCCACGUCGGAAACCCAAAUCCCUUUCCUCCACGCCCUGCUCGCCCCCGCCAUUCCCUUCCUCGACUCGGCCGCGCCACGCGCCGGCACGCCGUCCACGUCCUGGACGCCCAAAGGCACGAAGCGCUUCAAGGUCUCCGCGGCGGCCGUCGAGACCUCUGCCCGCGUCGUGGACGGCGAGCUGGCGCGAAGGGCCUUCACGCCCGGCGUCGUCGACAGCCGCGAGGGGGCGCGGUGGGAGGGGGCGGCGGGGGUCGAAGUGGACGUCGCGGGCGAGGUGCGGGUGUGCGAGGUGCUGUGCGUGCAGGAGAUGAGGCAUGCCAUGCCGGGGGGCUUGCUGAGGGACCGCGUGUUUGGUACGGUCAUGGUGGCGGCGGCGGUCCGCGGGCGGGAUGAGUUUGUGGUCGUUUCGGUGCCGCUCAGGGAUCUCCAGGGUUCGGAUUUGGGUGGACUGGUUAAGGAGAAGGGUAUCAUUGUCGGAGCGUACGUGAGCGUUGAGAGGAUUCGCCGCACCGAACUGGGGCAGAUCGAGUGGCUCAUGGCCACGGCAUCGGAUGCGAAGGGCGUGCUGCCCAUGUGGGUGCAGACGAGGGCGGUCGUCGGGGUCGUCGCGAAGGAUGUUGAGCUCUUCUUGUCGUGGAUUGCAGACAGGAGGGACAAGGGAGAGGCUGCCGAAUGGACGAGUACCCGAGGCGCUGGUCAGAGCUUGAGCUUCUGCCCAGAGGCAACGUUUCGCGACAUGAACCAAAGCGAGCCUACUGUCCAUGCUCAACGUCGACCAUUGUUUCUCAGCGGCCAACCCCAGCAACAAGGCACCGACAGCUGCGAGACGCUGCUGUCCCACCAAUCCGAGUAUCCUCGCAAUGCCACUGAGCUAGCCAUCUCUCUAGUCAAUCUUGUUUUCCCGUACGAUGUGCGCAAUACCCAGCGCAGUCUUGCCAGAAUGUACGACCGCGUCAAAGCUGUAGAGGCCAAAGCCUCUAUUGACUCUGCGGCGCGACAGCAGGCGGAGCGAGCCAUGGGCGCUCUCGAGAAGGAAAUGACAGCGUUGCAGGCGAUGGUGGCCAAAUCCCAGCCAGACCCAUCUGAGCAUAUGCGCGUCGAGGACUUGGAGAAAGAACUUCGCCAGAAACAUGAGAAGAUGAUUGAGAUGGUCUCCGAGUUCAACACACAGCGUGAAAGUCUCCUAGCUGAUGUAAACAGGUUGGUUGACCAAACGAGACAAAUCCAGCAGGAAGUCACAGCACGGAGCACCUCGAUCACAGAAGAGCCUAUUGUGCCCAGUGAGGACAUGCACACGUAUCCAGGCGAGGCUGCACCAAAAGUAGCUACAACGGCAACGGUGCCAGAGAAAAGCGUGGAAGCAGAAAGUAUCAAACCAGGUAUGGCAGUCUGA